AUGGUUAAAACUUUACAAGUCGGCUGUGAAACAGGGGGAGGUUCGAAAAUGGCGAUGGGUAAAGGUUUUCGCGUUUUCGAAAAGUUAAACCCUCCGAACCCCUAUAGUAUUUUAUUAGAACAAAGAAAUAAAGAUGAGACGUUAUUAUUUGAAUCUCAAGCCAUUGCAGUAUUAUCUUCUCAAGAAACCGAUUCCAUGAAACAUGCUUAUGGAUGUCUUGGUGUCUUACAAUUAAACGCAGGUGAAAAUACUGUGCUUUAUUUAGUUUUAGUCACUGGAUGCGUAUCAAUUGGAAAAUUGUGUGAUUCUGAAAUAUUUCGAAUCACUCAAACUACUUUUAUAUCUUUACGUAAUCAACCUCAGGAUGAAGAGAGAAUUUCAGAAGUGAGAAGACUUUUGAAUUCUGGAACUUUUUAUUUCUCUUGGUCAUCAACUGGAGAACCUCUAGAUUUAACAUUAUGUGCCCAGAAAAUGAAAACCACUUCAAUUACAGAUAAUAGGUUUUUUUGGAAUAGAAUGUUACACAUUCAUUUACUACGUUUUAGUGUUAAUUGUUCUCAUUGGGUAUUAAAAGCAUUGUGUGGAAGUGUGGAAAUUAGAACUGUUUAUGUUGGACACAGGCAAGCCAAAGCAUGUAUUAUUUCUAGGCUUAGUUGCGAGAGAGCCGGAACAAGGUUUAACGUUAGAGGUAGUAACGACGAUGGUCAUGUUGCUAAUUUUGUUGAAACUGAGCAGUUGAUUGUUUUAGACAAUGAAAUCACUUCUUUUAUUCAAACAAGAGGAUCAGUACCAUUAUAUUGGGAACAGCCUGGUAUUCAAGUUGGGUCACAUAAAGUAAAAAUGUCUAGGGGUUUCGAUGCAAGCCACUCAGUUUUUGAAAGGCACAUGAAAAUGAUAAAAGAUCGCUAUGGACAUCAGGUUAUUAUUAACUUACUCGGUUCUUCUAUGAUUGGCAGUAAGGAAGGAGAAGCACUUCUUAGUAGUUUGUUUCAAUCUCAUCAUAAAGCAUCUUUACAAAAUGCAGAUGUUCCUCACAUUUUAUUCGAUUAUCAUCUGGAAUGUAGAGGUGGAAACACAAAAAAUUUGAUUAAAUUAAAACACAAAGUUGAAAAAUACUUGAAAGCAUUUUCAUUAUAUUAUGCCAAAGGAUCUGAUAUGAUAACAGAGCAAAAAGGUACUAUUAGAACUAAUUGUUUAGAUUGUUUGGAUAGAACCAAUUGCGUUCAGACAUUUUUAGGACUUGAAAUUCUUGGUAAGCAGUUACACUUAUUAAGAAUUAUGGAAAAACAACAGAUGGUCACUCGUUUCGAGGAAGUUUUUAGACAAUUGUGGAUAAACAAUGGCAAUGAAAUCAGUAAAAUUUAUGCUGGAACAGGUGCUAUUCAAGGUAGUUCAAAGUUAAUGGAUGGAGCUAGGUCUGCUGCAAGAACCAUACAAAAUAAUUUAUUGGAUAACAGCAAACAAGAAGCUAUAGACAUAUUAUUAUUAGGUAGUAAUUUAAAUAGUGAACUAGCUGAUAGGGCAAGAAUAUUUCUUCCUCCUAACAUGCAGCAUGCUCCAACUAAUGUACUGAGAGAAAUGUGUAAACGACACAAUGAAUAUGUUUAUACCCAAACUGUUAGAGUAGCAGUAGGAACUUAUAAUGUGAACGGCGGAAAACAUUUCAGAUCUGUUGCCCAUAAAGAUAUUUCUCUAACAGAUUGGUUAUUAGACGCUCCGAAACUAUCAAAGUCUAAAUCUUUAGUGGAUUUGGCUCAUACACAAGGAAACGAGGCUCCAGUUGAUAUAUUUGCAAUCGGGUUUGAAGAAAUAGUAGAUUUAAAUGCUAGUAAUAUCAUGGCUGCAAGUACUGAAAAUGCAAAAGCAUGGGCUGAAGAAUUGGAAAAAGCUUUAUCAAGAGAUGAAAAGUACGUUUUGAUAACGUACAUGCAAUUAGUUGGAGUGUGUCUGUACUUGUUUAUUCGAGAAAUUCAUGCACCUUACAUUCGUGACGUUGCCUUGGACUCGGUAAAAACGGGAUUGGGAGGAGCCACUGGAAAUAAAGGCGCAUGCACAAUUCGAUGUCUUUUUUACAACACAUCCAUGUGCUUUGUGUGUGCACAUUUUGCAGCCGGUCAAUCGCAGGUUUCUGAGAGAAACGCGGAUUAUGCCGAAAUUACAAGAAAAAUAACAUUUCCCAUGGGUAGAACCUUAAAUUCUCACGAUUAUGUAUUUUGGUGCGGAGACUUCAAUUACAGGAUAGAUAUGGACAAAGAUGAAAUAAAAGAGGCGCUUAAAAAUAAUGAAUUGGAUAAGGUUUUGCGAAACGAUCAACUUAAAAUGCAGCAAGAAUCGGGAAAUGUUUUCAAAAACUUCAUCGAGGGAAAUAUUAAUUUUUUUCCAACUUACAAGUACGAUUUAUUUUCUGACGACUACGACACCAGUGAAAAGCAAAGAGCUCCAGCUUGGACCGACAGAGUUUUAUGGCGCCGCCGUAAACAAACUCCAGACUCGGAUGCUUCACCUAAUGAUUGGAAUCCAGGAAAUUUAGUUUUUUACGGUAGAGCCGAGCUCAAGCAAAGCGAUCAUCGUCCAGUCAUUGGAAUUAUCGAUAUCGAAGUUUACCGAAUUAAUGAAGAAGCCAGGAAAAAUGUUUUUAAAGAAGUUAUCGAAUAUUUGGGUCCCCCCGAUUCUACGGUUGUUGUUCAAGUUUUAGAAGACGACGCUUAUUUGGUAUUCGACGAUAAUUUUAUGAUGUCAUUAUUACAAGAAUUAUCUCAGAUAGGAGAGGUGAUAUUGGUUCGAUUUGUUGAAGAUACCAUGUGGAUUACAUUUAGAGAUGGACAGUGUGCAUUGGCAGCUGCUAAAAAAGGCUCAACUCAACUUUGUGGCCACAACAUAAAACUUUCUUUGAAAACUACCGACUGGGUUAGCGAAGCAGAGUCCGAAUUGGCUUUAUGCUCUAAUAAUACCACUCCACUUUGCGAAUACGAUUCAUUAACUGUAAAUAUUUCUCCGAAUAACAUUCAACAACCGGAUGGUACUUUCGAAAAACAAAAUGACGAAACUUUGAACGCUUCUAAUUCCACGUUAGAUGAAUCUAAUGGAAAGAACAGUAAUCCUCCUCAGAGACCUGCACCCCCAUCGCGUCCUCCUCAACCCGUGUCACCUGCUCGCCCGGUGAAACCCAGAGCGGGUGUUAUAAGCAUGCCUGUGAGACCGGCUCCCCAAGUUCCACAACCCCCUAGCAUUUCAACAUUUUCUAACGAUUUCCCACCGGAGGCCGCUUCUGCGGAUUUCAUAAACAACGAAAAAAAAGUAGAUUACGAGACUUGUUCGGCCAUCUACGAAGAAAUUCCAGAAAAUAAUUAUAAACCUUUUCCGGAAAGUCAACCUCCGCCGCCUCCUCAAAGCGGUGAUAACACAAAUAAUUAUCCUCCUCCUCUUCCGCAAAGGCCACGUCCCGUACCUGUUACAUCUGAACGCGUACCUCCACCCAUACCGGCAAGAGCUUCAGAUCCUCCUCCCAUUCCUGCACGAACUGGAAUUCCUCCACCUUAA